AUGUUAAAUGAUGAAUAUGUGAUUGAGAUGUUAAAUGAUGAAAAGCUGAUUAAGAUAUUAAAAGAUGAACAGGUGAUUGAGAUGUUAAAUGAUGAACGGAUGAAUAGGAUGUUAAAUGAUGAACAGAUGAAUAGGAUGUUAAAUGAUGAACGGGUGAAUAGGGUGUUAAACGAUGAAUGGGUGAAUAGGAUGUUAAAUAAUGAACCGGUGAUUAAGAUGUUAGAUAUUAAACAGGUAAUUAAGAUGUUAAAGGUGAUUAAGAUGUUAAUUGAUGAGUCUAAAAAUGAGUUAUCAGACGACGUAAAAUAUCAUAAUACAAAUUCUCACGGUAGCAGUACAUUUAGUGAAAUUUUUAAGAAAUGGAAAGAUGAUGAACUUAACA